AUGUCUAUGAAAGGUAAAAUUAUCGCCAUCACGGGUGGUGCAUCGGGGAUUGGUCUUGCUACAGCCAAGGUUCUCAGUUCACGUGGUGCCAUCGUCUGCAUCGGUGAUAUAUCCAAUGCAUCUCUCGAAACUGCCAUGGAGGGUGGUUUCCCCUCACAAGUCAAAGGCUCGAUAGUCGAUGUUUCAAAUCGGAAGUCAGUCGAAGGCUGGAUCGAUGAGAUUGUGAAUGAAUUUGGGAAACUUGAUGGUGCUGCCAAUUGUGCGGGGGUUAUUGGUAAACACCAUGGUGUAAGGAAGAUCCAAGAUCUAGAAGAUGAGGAAUGGGACAAAAUCAUUGCGGUUAAUUUGACCGGCAUGAUGUACUCUCUGAGGGCUGAGCUAUCAAAAAUUGAAAACGGUGGGAGUAUUGUCAAUGUAUCUUCCAUUGCUGGAACGCACGGACCUUAUGUCGCCAGUAAACACGGUGUCAUUGGCCUCACUCGUACUGCCGCAUUAGAAGUCGGUGAUAGAAAUGUACGAGUGAAUGCCUUGGCUCCUGGUCCAAUCGAUACACCAAUGAUGGGAAAGGCUCGAGAGACGCAUGUACAGGAAGGUGAAUACAAUUCUAUUGUCUUGAAAAGACUGGGUACUGCAGAGGAAAUGGCUGCGAUUAUUGCCUUCUUGUUGAGUGAGGAAAGUUCCUUCGUUACUGGGGCAGUUUAUCAUGGAGCUGGUGGAAUGAGUGCUUGA